AUGGCGGCGCGCGCAAGGCCAAGUCUGGCUGACACUUCGUAUCCAGAAUCCACCAUCUACGCAGAGACCUACGAUGAGGGCUCCUACGCAAGCUCCUCGGAAGGCGGCGGAUCCGCCAUGCUUUCGCGCCGAGCGCCAUCGAUCCAGUCAGAAAUGUCGCGAAGGAGGUUCGAGGAGUAUUCGGUGACCGAGCCAAGCAUCAGUCAUGUGGGACAGAAAAAGCGCCACCGACCAGGCACGGUCGCACUGCGAGAGAUUCGCCAGUACCAGAAGUCCACCGAUCUGCUACUUCGCAAGCUUCCCUUCGCACGACUGGUGCGCGAAAUCGCAAACGACUUUGUCACCUCGUACGAGCACGGCGAGUACGGCUCGGGCCUGCGUUGGCAGAGUUCGGCCAUCCUGGCGCUGCAAGAGGCGACGGAAGCCUUUCUCGUCCACCUCUUCGAGGAUGCCAAUCUGUGUGCGAUUCACGGCAAGCGAGUGACCCUCAUGAAGAAAGAUUUCCAGCUCGCAAGACGUUUGCGUGGCCGAUGGGACGGUCUCGGCGGCUACUGA